AGUCGAGCCGUCAACAGGGAGCAACAGAGCGUUAAGGAUGAGCCACCGUUGCGACAUCCAGUUGGACAAUCCCCGGGGGGCCUAUCGGGCCGGUGAAACAGUCAAUGGUCACGUCUAUCUGACCCUUUCGGAGCGUGCUUUAAUCAAAGCAAUCUGCCUGGAAGCUAAUGGCUAUGCCUGCACUGCCUGGCAGUUGCCUCAAAAGACCAAGAAACCCAAGGGUACGCAACCCAUAGUGCAGGGUCAGCCUUUGGACCUAGAUAGUCGAGUGGAUUAUUUUGCCAAAAUCGAUUAUUUUGUGGGCUCCGAGGCUGCUCAGCCGCAGAUAAUGGAGGCGGGCACCUACAACUAUGGAUUCCAUGUGAAGCUGCCCCAGAAUUGUCCCGGGAAUUUCGAGGGUGCCCACGGACAUGUCCGGUACACACUUCAAGUGCUUAUUCACGGCAGUGCUGAUCGUCCUUUGCAAGUGCUUCAUGUCCGGCAGUUGCUGAUCUUUCCCCAAAAUAGUCUCACCCAGGAGAACAGGAGUAGUGAAGUGGAGAUUCAUGAGCAGACGCCACGCCUAAAGUUCUGGAUGAAACCGCUACAUUUACAGCUUCAGAUUCCCAGGCAGGGUUACUCGCCGGGAGCGGGAAUUUCGGUACAUGUGAAGCUUCACAAUCCGGAAAGGCUGCCACUUCGAGAGGUCACCUAUUCCCUGGUGCAGAUCUCCACCUACGUGGCUCAAUUGAAGAACAAGCCCAAGCGAACGGAUACCAAAGUGGAUAGACAAACAAUACUGAGCAGAAGCCACGAGCUCGUCAGUCUGCCCAAGACGGAACUGGAGAAUUUUCAGCAUCUUCAUAUGCUCCAAGUGCCUCAAACUGCAGCCACUCUGAGUGUGACACAGUGCUCGUGCCUGCAGUUAAACUACGAGGUGGAGGUGCUGGUGAGGACCCAGCAGGAAAAGCGAUUGAUUUCUGCCAGAAUCCCUGUCAUUAUUGGAAAUGUAACACCGCCAUGCCCUGGCAGACUCCUCAUGCAAGAACCGCUGGAUGCCUCGGCUCCGGAACCAACUCCGCCUGUAGAAACAGCCCAAAAGUUGGCUCCGAAUUUCAGUGGUUCUAUGGCCUCAUUGUCUUCGAACUUCCGCGAAGCCGAAUUUAUGACGGCCACCAACCUGAACAAGACCAACAAGCAUUAUUUGUCUGGAGAGCAGUUGGACUUUAGGCCACGUUAUGUCUACUAUGAAAUGGAUCAAGCCCAAUCCGAGGAAGUCAAGUCGCAUUAACUGCAGUAUUUUUUUGUAUCGCACAAUCAUAUAAAUUAUUUUAUUUUUUAGAAAUUUUAUGCAAAGCUACAUUAAUUAAAUAUUUAUUUCAUCACCA